UUUUCUGUUGUGUGUGUGGGGGAAUAAACCGCAAGUGAGGCGGACGCAGAAAACAGUUCGGGGCUGGACGGAGGGGACCGGGACAGUCACCCUCAGUAGACCGACUGGUGAGACUGCGCUAGGAGGCGGCGAAGGAGGAGUGGAGGGACUGGAAUCGACACUCGACACGCUUCUGGUCUGUGGCUAUGCGAAGGAUUUACGACGGCUUCAUGGGAUGCCAAGUUUCGGGUAUCGGCUGGACUUCAGCGGCGCUUUCAUCGCAUUGCUGCGGCUUUUUUACGUCUCGGCGCUGAUGUAUCGUCCGUCGAAGAGCCCACCGUGUGUGUUUCAGGUACGAUCCCGUACGACGGCAUCGUGCUUCCACCGCCGCCGCCGGUCGACGUGCGGUACCCGGUGACGACUGACUACUACUGGGGGACCAUCGAACACAACACGUCCGUGGUGCCCGCCGGAGGAGGGUUCGACCUCGGCAACGGACCGUUCGGGUUCCGGUCCUCGGUCACACUGCCCGGAGACUCGUGCAUGCGCCAUGCGAGCUUCAUGAGAGAGGGCGACACGUGCGUGCACGAUCCGUCCACCUGCGCCAACGGCAUCUCGUUCAGUCUGUGGCACCGGUGCAGCUUCGACUCGGACGCGUUUACGCCGCGUGAGGGUCUGCCCUACCGCUAUCUCGUCAGCACAGGCGGAGAUGAGGCGUCGCCCGGUAUUGCCAUCUACCUACAGGGAAUGGUCCUCGGGGCCCUGGUGUCGACCGGCAACAAAUUCUGGCGCGUCGAGACGAUCGGACUUCUACCGAACAACACCUGGAACAACAUCGGUGUGCGCUGGAGGCCGCCAGCCCAGAACGGCUCUGAACAGGAGUUUACCGGCCUCCAGCUGUACAUUAACCAGCAGCCGGCGGCUAUGGUAAUCCACGGACAGACACCCAACACCACAGCGCAGCCGCCGCUCGACCCGCCAGAGUUCAUGGUGGGCUGUCACAAGACCUCCGCUGACUCGGACUACAGUCACUUCUGUCCUUGCGAGUUUGACGAGAUAGCGCUCUGGAAGAGAGCUCUUCUCACCAACGAGACCAUCUUCUUUAUCGGAGGACUGGAGGAGGACUACGCCGGCAUGUCCGCCGAGGUUUUCGCCGAUAUUCUGCGCGGAGUGGACCUCACCGAUCCAGAUCAGCAGUCGGUGGCUGUGUCGAUCGCCAGCAAGAUGGUCGAUAAUCCGGAGAAGUCCAUCGACAAUCCGCUCAGCUCGCUGAAAAAGCCGGAGCAAGAGGAAGAAGAUGAGGAAGAAGAGGAGGAAGAAGAGGAGGAGGAUGAAGAUGCGAGGGCUGCGCUGCGGCUGGCCACCCAGGGCCAGAUCUCCAAGAUGCACGUGCUGGCCGACCUGCUAUUCACCAUGACGGCUCCGGAGGUGGUGAAGCCCAACCAGACCGAACAGGAGCUCAACACCUUCAUGAACUUGGUGAACUUGGCUUCUCAACUUCUCGAAAAUAAGCACCACAAUAAAUGGAAGGGAAUCGAGCUACAGAAUAACAAAAAGGAACGCGAGCAGAAGAUCCUGAAGGAGGAAGUCCAACUAGAUGGCGAGUCGUCGGACAUGAUUGACCGUCUGGAGAUGUACGCGCUGUCCUCGGUGACCAGCAUGGUGCCGAAGGUGGUGAACGGCUCUCUAGUCGACAUGUUCGUCCACAAACCCUCCGCCAACGUGGACAUGUACAUCGAGCAGCGGAGCGUGGACAGCCUGCGGCAGGAGCAGAUGGCGCCGCUUCCCAGCGACAACCCGCGCCGGCUCGACAGCAUUCAGAUGCCGACGGUGGUGUUCCGUAAGUCUGGCUGUGAGGACGCCCUGAUCAGCACCGUCUUCAGCACGUACGACAACUACGGGGACGUCACGCCCAAACGCUUCCUGCGCAGAGAGUUCAAGACCAAGCAGGCCCAGUACCUGGACAUUGACGGCGCCGUGCUGUCACUGCGUCUGAUGGCCACGCGAAACCAGCAGCCCACCGACGAGUGUCUGCCGACCAUCGACGACCUGCGCCGGUCUCCCGUCCGGACCGCCCACCGGCACCGACAGCCCAAACCGGCGCUCCGGGGGCCGCUCUUCCACGAGAACGAGAUCGUCAGUGAUGUGUUCCGUCGCCACUGUGUAUGGUGGAACGCCGAUGCACUGGACGGCCGAGGCCAGUGGGACGCCACGGGCUGCGUGGUGCUCGAGACCAACGACUUCUUCACCAAGUGCGCCUGCAAGGUCAUCGGACAGUACGCCGUCGUCGCCGAAAAGGAUGAGCCGAAGAUAGUCGAGAUCGACAGUGAGUGGCUGAAGCUAUUCAAAGACAUGCUGAGCGCGAUAUCAAUUAUUCUCCUUCUGUUGUACGCCUUCAUCGUAUGGAAGAAUGACUCUCUGUGGGAGAUGUUCCACCAGAUCCGGAUGGUGACCGCCCUGCUGCUGGUCGCCGGCCACUGCGCCAUGAUGGAGUCAGACCGCGAGACGGUGCGCCAGAGUCGCCACAGCUGCACCACUGCGGCCGCGUUCAUCCAGUUCGCCUAUCUGGCCGCCGGAGGAAUGGUGGCGUCGGAGGGGUACGCCUGCUUCCGGGCGCUGGCGUUCGGCGUCGUGGGUGGCAAGCUGGGCAGCUACGUCGCUCUGUCGUUCGGCCUGUCUCUGGUCUCGCUGGGAUACGCCCUCGGCACGGAGAUCCACCGAUACGGAGACGACCCGCAGUGCAUGAUGGGCUGGGAGACGGACGUCAAGCUCAUCUUCCUCGCGCCCAUGGCGCUCUGCGUGUUCAUCAGCGUCAUCGGCUCCUGCAUUAUCCUCUGUAACAUGUCCACGCCGCAGCUGCGUAAGCAGAUCAUGGCCAUCGACCACGCCAGCAUGUGUCACGGCUACGUCUUCUUCUCGCCGUACUUUGCGGUGACGUGGGCGGCGGGCGUGCUAGCCUACCUGCGGCUGGAGGCGCUCGACGACUGGCCCUCCUUCUAUCCGCUGUUCAGGGUACUGAAUGCGGCCACCGGUGUGGUGUUCUUCGUGUGUCAGGGUCUGUUGUCGCACCGUUUCCUCUCCAUGCUGCUGUGCCGGCGCCGGCAGCGUCAGCAGCUGCUGCUCGCCUACGCGCGACACGAGAACGAGCCCGAGCCAGUGGACGACGCGGAGAAGCCCGUCCUCCCAGAGGAAGAGGACGCCUUCUCAUCCUCGUCCGAUGAAGAGGACGAAGAAGCAAGAGUGGGGAUCGCACCGAUCCCGGAGACGGCGACGGAGCCCACACAGCCGGACGCUGAGACUCCGCCGUCAGAGCAGCAGGAGCAGACUAGUCCCGACACUGAGCAGGAGACCGCUGAGGGUUCCUCAAAACCGCCGUCCGCCGCUCCGGAGGACGCUGAGGACUCUCCGGGGGCGGAGGUGGCCGGCGCAGAGGACCAGCCCCCAGAGCCAGCCCAGUACACCGCUCCGCCGUCAGGCGGGGAACAGGAGAGCGACGCUGCCGAGCCUGAGGGUACUUCGGAGUCAACCGGUGAUGAAAUCAAGAACGAGGAAUGAGAGACGCUUAGACCGACCGGCUGGGAGAGUUAUGAAACAUCCACAGGUAGUGAGGCUUACUAAAGCUUGCCGUUUACAAAUUAGUUUCAUGCAUUAAACCGCUUUCGUUUUCGAAGUGCAUUUAAGUUUCCUUCAUGUAAAUAUUCAUAAACCAGACACAAAUAUGUUGACUAUGACCUGUCUAUAUUGCCUUACUGAGACGGCCGACUGAACAAACAUGGAACAUGACUGGAGAAUGUUUUCAGUAGACUAGAGGAAUUGUGUACUAUGAUAGUUUCUGUUUGAUUUAGCUCUAUGUCAGUUAAAAACAUUUGAUAUACUGUGGAAGCAUUUUGUUCCUUUCCCUCGGGCUGCUUUAUCAAUAAGCUGCCCGAUAAUUUGCAUCAUGACUAUAGGAACGUUUUCGGUGGAAUUUAUUUGUUUAUGUUUUAGCUGAGGCUAGAAGUAGCACAAAAUAUAUUUGAUGAGUUAGAAACGU